UCUUUCCGACAGAGAAGGCUUAGGCCAAUAGCUGCAACUUCAAACAUGAGUCCUCCAGAACCACCUCUUGAACUCGCUUCCCCAGGAAGAACCAAAUCAUCAGCAAUGAGUGUGUCUCAGUCCCAUUCCAGGGAUGUGGUCCAGAAGAAUAGCAUGACUGACAGUAGUGAAAGCUACUGAGAGGUCCACAUAGUUCCCAUUAUACCAGGGUGACCAAAGCCAUCUCUGCACUGUAACCCAGCCUGCAAUGACUAGAUAAUCCAUUCCUACGUUGAGUUGUUCCAGCCCCAUGCACAAGAAUGGAGCACUGGAGAUUUCAUGGUAGUUAUCUAAUGUAUGAGGUUCAGGGAGGCCUUUUCCAGCAAUGGUUUUACCACCAUCUCUUUUAGGCACAUGUCUAUGAGAUGAAGCCUCCAUGACAGUAAUAACAGAGGUAGUUGCAUGGAGGAACAACUGGAGAUGGAACCCAGAAGGACAGAAGGAAAAUCUGCAGAGGGUGAGAACAGGGGGGAAACCAGCUGGCUCUCACUGAAGCUUGGGUCCACGAUCCUGCAGUGGAUAGUCUUGCUAAUUUGCAUAGUCCUCAUUGGUUUGUGCUACCUUCAGUUUCAGAGUCCAGGUCCACAGGCACAAUGGAUAUUUAUCAAGAAUAGCGAUCGCUCAAUUGUCUACAAGAAAGCCAUUGGAAUUAAAAGGAAGGAUGGAACAAUGGAUGUCAAUGAUUUGAAAUGCUCCAUCCCAAUCCACUGUGAUGGUUUCUACGUGUUAUUCCUGGAGGGAAGUAUUAGCCUGAAAGGGGAAAAGGACUCACAGAUUCUCAAGGUCUACCAUCAGCCCACAGAGCACUUCUUGACCGUUAAUUGCAGUGGCCAGAAGACAAAAGUAAAAGAAAUUACAGUCCGCGAGUUUCGUUCUAAGGAUGAGAUCUUUUUAAAAUAUGAUGAUUCUAAUGACAAGGCAAAUAUUGACACCUCCCAACAGGACCUGAAACUGAGUCUCAUCAUGUUAACUCCUCCUUCAUAUUGUUAUUCCAAAAAGUAGAAAGCAAUAUAAUGAAUUCACAGUGGACUUAGGCACUUGGGCAGUGAUAUGCAAUGACACACUUAUUUGAGACACUUGAUGUGUAUUAGAAGAAAUAUUCUCUGGGCUAACUAGUGUAAAUCAGCUAAUAACAGAGAAAUGAACCCUGAAAUUCUGCAGUUUGUUUCAUGUCAGUUGCAUGGCGCUACUUUUUUCUUUGCUCAAACCAAGCCUAUUUCCCAGUUUAUAAGCCAUUAGAGCUCUCUUUCUUUCUUUCUUUCUUUCUUUCCUUCCUUCCUUCCUUCCUUCUCUCUCUCUCUCUGCAUGGGUGAAAAUAAAAUGAUACUGUCUCUCCUCCAAAGUGGU